AUGAUCAGCGAACCGCGUGCUUCUUCACGAGAGACUGAAACCACUCAGUUUCCAGAAUUUUCGCAGAUCAGAAACAGCGAUCGAGUCCCUGCUCUUCUCACUAAAUCCAAGGGUAGCAGUGACGUUCGAGAAAGCUCAGUGACGGACGCUUGGCUCAGCGCUAAUUGGUCCUGGAUCCGAGAAUCGCGCGAGAAAGGGGAUUCGGACGGCUGGCGCACGAAGCUCUCGCUCCGCACGUAUGAAGUCGUUCGAAGACCAGGCCGAGCUCGAGACGAGUUCAGAUGCCGUUUGCCGAAGCACGCUCCUCCACCCAUACGGACGGCGAACGGAGCACCCAGCGUUCCACACGCAGCUCGCAAUCAGCUUCAGUGCGUUCCCGUCUCGCUUCGUAGAAGCCGAUUUCCCAGCCUGACCACAAUAGACUCUUCAAUUAGAGAGCUCGUCCAGGCGCCGCUUCCGUGGACCACACUCGCCGAUCUCCAACGCGAGGAGCCGCUUCCACGGAUUGGCUUCCUUCAACAGGUGAACGCAGGUCCCGAAGGCAUGAACGACAGCGCCGAGAGGCAUCGGAGAUGAGCUUACCUUGAUUAAUCUCAAGAGUGUGGAGUGGCGGAGUGGCUACUGUUAACCAACGUUCAAACAGAAGUUGUUGAGGAUUAAAGUCACGAGCAGACCUGCCUCACUCGAGUAGCAGGUAGAUGAUAAGAAAUGACAUGCAUGUCUAAAGCCAAUAAACCGAUUUCAUUAAUA